UCAAAGUUUACCAAGAUGUCUGCUUGUGGCGUUUUAACAAUCGAUGCUACUUUACCUUUGAGGUUCUUCGAACAGUGGGCUGUUUAUGUUACAGUGCUUUUGCAAAUUGCUCUUCGUAACAAUUUUGCUGCAAAUAUUUGAUGGUUUCAUCCAUGGUCUCAUUUAUGCUCAAAUUUUCUUAGAACUUUCUUUAGAAAUUACAUCGAGCACUAACACUGUUGCACAGUCCUUCACUUUCGGCUGGGUAUUAAAGAAUAUUUUGGUUCUCAGUUUAUGUAUCAAGGGGUGUGAAGAAUUUUACAUCGCUAUUGUAGAAGCUGAAAGAUGCUGUGUUAUGAAUUUAGGAAGCAACAGGCACCCUGACUUAAAGAAGCUAUACAAGAACGUUAUAAGAACCAACCGUUCAAAGUUUACUAAGAUGUCUGCUUGUGGGGUUAUAACAAUCGAUGCUACUUUACCUUUGAGAUUGUCCGACCAGUUGGCUAUUUACAUUGUAGUGCUUUUGCAAUUUGCUUUUCAUUAAAUAACAGUGAUUAAAUAUAUAAUUAGAACAUGUUUUGA